AUGGCUGUAACUACCUUUCCAACUGUGGACCAGUGUCAAUCCAUUGGCCGAGAAAAGCACACUGUGGUUGCGGACAUGGAUGGAACCUUGCUUAUUGGCAGGAGCUCCUUUCCUUACUUUGCUUUGGUGGCUUUUGAGGGGGGAGGUGUUCUAAGGCUGCUCUUCCUGCUCUUGGCUUCACCACUCGCUGGACUUCUUUACUAUUUUGUGUCGGAGUCUGCAGGAAUCCAGAUUCUCAUCUUUGUAACCUUCGCCGGGAUGAAGGUGUCAGACAUUGAGUCAGUUGCUCGUGCAGUGCUGCCCAAAUUUUAUUUGAGCGAUCUCCAUCCCGAGUCAUGGCGGGUGUUCUCAUCAUGUGGAAAGCGUUGUGUUCUUACCGCAAACCCCAGGAUAAUGGUUGAGGCAUUUCUGAAAGAUUUUUUGGGAGCUGAUUUAGUUUUGGGGACUGAGAUAGCCACUUAUAAGGGUAGGGCAACUGGGUUUGUUUGUGAUCCAGGUGUACUUGUGGGCAAGAACAAGGCAUAUGCUCUCAACAAGACUUUUGGAGAGACCCAGCCUGAGAUUGGGCUGGGUGAUCGUCACACUGAUUUUCCCUUCAUGGCUUCAUGCAAGGAGGGCUAUAUUGUGGCAGCCAAACCAGAGGUUAAGGCGGUAACAAGUGACAAGCUUCCCAAGCCCAUCAUCUUCCACGACAGCCGCCUCGUCCAAAAGCCAACUCCUCUCACGGCACUCCUCACCCUUCUCUGGAUCCCCAUAGGCUUCCCACUCGCAUGCUUGCGAAUCGCCGCUGGCUCACUCCUCCCCAUGCGCAUUGUCUACCACGCUUUCUGGGCACUGGGUGUCCGAGUCUCCGUCAAGGGUUCCCCACCUCCUGUUGCCAAAAAGUCAAUAGGCCAGUCAGGCGUGCUAUUCAUCUGCUCCCACCGAACCCUCCUUGACCCAAUAUUCCUCUCCGCAGCGCUCGGCCGUCCCAUUCCUGCAGUCACGUACUCCGUCUCCCGCCUCUCCGAGUUAAUCUCCCCUAUCAAAACCAUUCGCCUAAGCCGAGAUCGAGUCACAGACGCAGCUAUGAUAAAGAAACUGCUUGAAGAAGGUGACCUAGCUAUUUGCCCGGAAGGAACCACUUGCCGUGAGCCUUUCCUUCUCAGGUUCUCAGCAUUGUUUGCUGAACUGACUGACCAGCUUGUUCCAGUGGCUAUGAUGAACCGCAUGAGCAUGUUCCAUGGAACAACAGCAAGAGGGUGGAAAGGGAUGGACCCAUUUUUCUUCUUCAUGAAUCCAAGCCCAGCGUAUGAGGUAACGUUCUUGAACAAGCUGCCCCUGGAACUUACUUGCAGUUCGGGGAAAUCUAGCCAUGAGGUGGCCAACUACAUGCAGAGGGUGAUUGCUGCCACUCUUUCCUAUGAAUGCACUAGCUUUACCAGGAAAGAUAAGUACCGAGCACUCGCUGGAAAUGAUGGGACCGUGCCCAAAAAACCUCUGCUAUAUCCCGACAAAGUCAUGGGAUGCUGA